UUACGAACGCAACAGUUUUGUUAUUUUUGAACGCAAUUUACGAACUGUCAUUUUCAUUAUCAUGGCGGAGGACGAGGACGGUGUAUCAAAUAAGAAAUCGGCCCAAAAUUCAAAUAAUGCAGGGUCUUCUCAGGACAACGAGCAGAACCGAACGGAUUUGCCAUACUUCCCCCGUUUACUAACCCCGGAAACUGAUGAAGCGAAGUGUAAUAAUAGCGAAAACGGCGAUGCGUCGCCCGCUGAAGCAAAAAGUUCGUCUUCGAAGUCCACCGGGGCGACACGAAAGGAGGAGAACCCGUUCUCGUUCCGUCAUUUCCUGAAGCGCGACCUGUCGCUGCCGGGCACCUCGACGUACGAGAGCACGGGCGCCCGGCCCAAGGUGUACGCCAGCACGGUGCAGCACUCGCCCACGCGGCCCGAUGCCGCGCGCGACCCCCAAGCCAAAGAGAAGAGCGCGGAGCCCCGCGCCAGUGAUAAUACGUCUUCGAAUAGUUCCGUAGAGGUGUCUCAUAAUAGUGUAGUGGACAAUACCGAGUGCGAUCGUAACCCGUACGCGGCCGGCGCGGACCCGCAGCCGUACCGGGCCGGCCUGGAGCCGCUGGGCAUGCCCUCGCUGCCCGACUUCGUGCAGGAUCACAUACUAGUGGAGCAGGCCUACCUGAACUCUAACGGGCCAAUAUCAGUGGAUCUGGAUAAUCUGCCGGAUUUUACGUUUAACACAAAUUUCAACGCGGGGGGCGCCGGGUCACUGGGGCGGCGGACGCCGCGAGGUUACGGCGGGCGCGGGUACGCGGCGCCGCUCGACCUGCCGCCCGGCGCCGAGGGCGCGCCCGACGAGGAUGUGCCGCUCAGUCUGGACCUCACCGAGUCUGUGAAUCCCGCUGACCGACGGAACAUGUCUCCCCGCACCACAUUUCCGUUAGACCUGCCUCCCAAUGCUGGGGCAGAGUCCAUGCGGCUGCCAGACUUCCUGCCCGUGCACCCGGGACGGACUUCACCUGAACCAGAGCCUGAUUUGCAGCCUUUGCUGCAGGAGCUAGAGAGGACAAGGACAGAGUUAAAUGUGGAGCGGCGCCAACGUGUGCGGCUGGAGGAGGAGCUGCGCGCCGCGCGGGCCGAGGCGCAGCAGGCCCGGCGGCGCGCCGGCGACGCGAGGGCCAUGGGCGAUGAUGCGUAUCGAGAAUCACCUGAAUCAGAAUCAUUGGUAAAUCAAUUGAAGAUACAAAUCAGGAGGCUUAAGGAAGAGCUGGCGGCCGCGCAGGCCUCGGUGCGCGCCCUGCGCGGCGGCCAGGCCGGGGCCGCCGCCGAGCUGCGCGCCGCCGCCGACGUGGCCGAGGCCUCGCUCCGCGAUCUCCUUGCGGGCCUGGAUCAGGUCCGGAGCCUGAGCCACACGCUCGACCCCACAUGACGCCACUAACGUUUAGGCUAGUGUGUGCUGUAUGGUAGUACAGGCCUCCGGCCGCCACCGGCACGGCAUAUAACCCCCCCACGUUCAUUGCAUCACAUACAUACAGACAAAUGUCAAAGUGACAGGUGAAUGUUAACAAUUUGUGAUUUGUAUACCUUUGCUUUAAUACCCACCAUGCAAGAAUAACAGUAUGGUCUGUCCGAUUUCUAAAAUAAAGAUCGCCAUACAUUACUAAAGCGUACUUGAUCUUAAAAAAACGGACAGACUAUAACAAUUAAAUUUUAUUAAAUUGAACAUAACAAAAACAUUUCAAAAUAGAAUGAAACAAAUGAAUAAAUGAUAUGAGACAUGUUAUACCUAGCCCCACCUCCACAGUAACCAACGGCUUGUGUUUUAGGAUACAUGAUUAUUUAAAUAUCCACAUUGUUGUAAUGAAUGUUAUAAAUUUCAGCCUUUGGGAGAAGGGGAAGUAAAAUUACAAGUUUAAAUGUUUAAUAUUAUAAAAUAUAUAACUCUGAUGACUGUCCCGUAUUUACCUAAUGACGAGAUACUUUCUGGCAAGUGUUGCCAUUUGAACUUGUAACUUUAACAAUACUUUCAACUGAAUAAAAAUGAACAACACUGUAAAUAUAAAAUUGUACAGCACUCCGGUCUCUCGGGGCCUAACAAGAGUCUCGCCUUGACUUGCUCUUAGAGCAAGUCUUAUUCUUCUAAUUCAUUUAUAAUUAGCUGAAAUAAAUGACAUCUUUUAUACAUAUUUGAUUCUCGAGCCCCAGUAGUAUUGUAUUCGCGCCUCACCAAUAUUACAUUUACCGUUGAAUCGAACGGAUACUUGUUUCCUUGAGAUGGAUUGUCUGUGGAAAGUUCUGGACCCUUCUCUUGGUCUUUACACUUGUAAAACCACGCACGUACAAUACACUUAACUGGGGCCCAUUUCUCGAACGAUAUUAGUCUAAUAUUAUUAGUGUGUUGUCAUGGCAACCCAUACGAUUUGACAGUUCGUGGACUAAUAAUAUAAGUCUAAUAUCGUUCGAGAAAUGGGCCCCUGGAGGUCGAGUUUAUAUUUCAAACGUAACGUUAUUCUUUUUGUUAUUUCCAACGGAAUCUCAUUGUGUUAGUUUUCAGAACAUAAAUGAUUAUAAGAAAACAACUAGCUGCUGCUAUUUAUCAGUGUAAUACUACUAAUACUUUUGUAUAAAAUAUUUCUGAUAAAAAUACCUGUUAUAAAAGUAACUAUAGUUAAUAGUCAAAUAAUUGUGUAGGGGGCUGUCCAUAGAUUACGUCAUCGUUUUGUGACUAAUUUUUUAAAUAAUUUGAAAUGACGUAAUUUAUGAAUAGCCCCUAGGUACCUAAAAUACAGUGAGCUAGUAAGUAGUAAAUAUAUUCAAGAAAGUUAAUAAAAAACACUGUUGCGUAAAAACGUGGGUCUUACAAGUAAAUCAAUAUAAAUAUUAGGGGGACAUCUUACACAGAUCAACCUAGCCCCAAACGAUGCAAAGUUUGUACUAUGGGUCCUAGGCGACGAUAUACAUACUUAUAUACAUAGAAAACUCCCAUGACUCAGGAACAAUUAUUUGUGUUCAUCGCACAAAUAAAUGCCCUUACCGGGAUUCGAGCCCAAGAGCAUCGGCUUCGCAGGCAGGGUCACUACCCACUAGGCCACACCGGUCGUCAAGUUCAAGGUCAAGUUAUAACUGUGUUACAAAUAUCGACUUUAAAUAUCUUUGUAUCAUAACGUUUCUUUAAUGUUUAUAUUUAAACAAAUUGUAACCGUGACAAUGUAAAUAGGUACAAGCGGACGGAUGAGGGAGGGAGGUUCAAUGUGAACGAUUAAGUAAUAUUAUUAUAUUAUAACAGUGAAAUUGCGAGUGAUAUAUCGAGUAAGUAUGUAUUUGUAGCUUAUUAAGGCAGACUGUACGGUGAUUUUGAUCGGAUGCCAAAAACUUACCAUUGUGUUGCCAUUACAGUAAAAUGAUUAUUUGUGGUAAUGUUGCACUAAGCAAAAACUAUUUUAUUAUUAUUAAAGUCGACCGAGGUAUUUUUUCAAACAUCAUGAAUUACAAGAGCUUUUCUGUCUAUCUAGUGAUAAAAGCGUUUGCUACUUGUAAAUAUAAUGUAACAGAGGGCGUUCCGCACAUCAUAUUCGAGAAAUAAAUUAUACACCUUAAGAUUGGCCUUAAUAUUAAAAAAAAAUCCUUAAUAUUUUUUUUAUUAUACACUAUUUCAUAUCAGGAAAUAUCGAUCAUGAUUUUGUAUGAAAGAAAUUAGUUUAUUGCUCUAGUAAAAGUUCUUGGCUGAUAAUAGCAUAAUGUCAUUUAUGGAAUAUUAAUCAGUGACAGUAAGGUCGGUUAUCUGGUAGGUAUUUGGCAUCUAAUAGUGCUCCCAUGCUGCAGAUAUAUAAUUAUACGUAACAUGAUGUAGAUGUAGCUAGUAUAGCAUUAAGUAUAGUCGAAUUCAUAAAUAUGUAGGUACCUAUACAUUUCUUCACCUUAAUCCAUUGCAAUAAGGUUGAAAAAUGUAGAUGUGGUUUAUGAACUCGAGUGUAAAACUGGCGUUAUACUCGUAUAAUUAUCAUUAUAAAACUGCAGUGUGGAAGUAUAACAACAUGCAAUCACCGUACAGAAAAGGUAUUCUCCAGACACUUGUGUCUUGUAUGGACGAGGCUUAUAUCCAGAAUAUAUGAAAUAUAUUUAUUGUAACAUUUACUUUUUAUACUUAUGCACCUUCAUUUAUUUAUAUGAUAAGCUAUGAUAGUUGCGUGUUUACCUAUUUUGCUCUUUUCAACUAAAUCAUUUUGACUAUAAUUUCAGUUUGUGCCUUACCUAGUAGAUACCUAUAUUUUUAUCGUUCCUCAAUAAUAUUAUGUUCAAUUUCUUGUGUAUGGAAUUGUGAAGAUUGAUUAACGAUUAUUUUAAGACGAUUUGUUUCGAUGUACUCGCGGAUGGAUCUUCCGGAAUAAAGAACUUACUUCGUUAAAA